AAGAAUUAAAUGGAUGAAAUAUGAAGUUUUAUUAAAAGAAAAAGGGGUGAAAAGAACAAAGUUUUGUCCAUCUUUGUUCAUCAUAGCUGAAAGUUAGAGAAGAGAAAGGAGAGGAGAAAGCUCUUGAGUAUUCGGUCAUUAGGAGGAGGAAAAUUGAAGGCGGUUCGUGUGUGGAUCUCACAAGAUAUCGUCAUAAAUGUGUGUGUAACUAACACCUCUUUCUUAGUCGGAUCGGCAAAAGUCGAAAAGUCGAAAUGCCGAAAACCGAUAUUUUGUAGAUUUGCGAGUGUGCGAAUGCUCGUGAGGUAAAUCGAUUAAUGUUUUUAGUAAACCGCAAAAUUUGACCGCAAAGUGCAUGAUUUACGUGCCUCGAUAUUUUUGGGCUUAAUGGGCCAAAAUUGGAAUGAUGAGCCAACGGCCCAAUUCGUAAGAACCCUCGACGUGAUUACGUUAGUACGUGAAAAAUAGGAAUAUGCAUGAAAAACCCUAAAAGCGGUUAACUUACUAUAAUACCCUAUGUAUGGAAAAUUACCGUUAUACCCCUAGGUGCAAAAUUACCAAAUACCCCUAGGGUUAAAUUGACCUAAAUGCAUGUUUGAUUGUUGUUAUUUAUCGCAUGCCAUGUUGUUAUUAUCGAUGCAUGGACUGGGAUAUUGAUGGAGGAAGUACUGAAAGUGGCUUGUCCACGUCUUUGGAGGCUUUGCCUCAAUUCUCGAUAACGGAGCAGCAAGGUCAGAAAUCUGGAGUGUUGGGCUAGGUGGGUUGAGCUAUUCCCACAUGGAGUGUAUGGCUGGUACGGGUGGAGUGUAGUGGUUGGUGGGUUGAGUAGUCUCCCAAAUGGGCUUGCAUAUGUUUCUUGAUGUUGCAUGUAUUUUGAAAUGGGCACUGUGGGCCAUCUAUAUUAUCUGAAUAAGGGCUAAGGCCCGGUUUAUUGUAAUUUGAAAAGGGCUCGCCCAGACCACCAUUGUUCUGAAUGGGCUUAGGCCCAAUAGGCUUGAGCUGACUUGGGCUUUGAAUGGGUUUUCCUUACACACUGAGUUUCCCCAAACUCACCCUUUUAUUUUCAUCCACGCAGGAAAUCCCCAACCAUAGUGGGCUUGGAGUCGUGAGGGAAUUGGAGUGGCCACCCGCUCGAAAGUUUGAUUUUCUUCUGGUGAACUGGACAUCCUUUUAAUUACGUUUGAGGUUUUGGGCUUUUAAAUGUAAUAAGGCCGCUUAUUUAUUUUUGAUGGUUUUAAUAUGUAUUACUAAGAUAGGUAUUACUUAUUUUAACUGUUGAAACUGGAUAGCUUUAGUAGCGUUUUCAAAAACAACAGUUGAUUUCAAAAUAACACGACAACAAGCAAAGCUUCCGCAAUGAAAGUAUUUUCCAAAAUUAAUCACUUUUCCUAAAAUGACUUAAUCAAAUCGGUUUCCUAGAAAUAUCCAUGACGUUAAGGUGUGGCAAUGGCGGAUGCAUGUCUAGGAUUGGAUCCGGAAGGAGCUUGGUACUUAAGCAAUCCGAUGGACUCACCACCUCUUUACGGUUUCCUACCGGUGCAUGACUUCCAUUCACUUUAACCCUUAAUGAAUUAAUCUUUUGAACAUUAAGUACGAUUUUAUGGACUUAGAAUGGAUUUUUUUUAAUGUUUUUGAUGUGGCAUGCCGGAUCCGGCCAUAACUUCUGGGCCGGGUUUGGGGUGUUACAUUUAGUGGUAUCAGAGCCUAGGUUGCAACAACUCGGCUGUGGAAUGGGUUUACAAAAACAAAGAUUUUCUAAAACGAAAAUUUUAUAAAGAAUGCGAAAAACUCGAUUUUCAAAAUUUAGAUCUUUAGAAGGUGGCAUUCCGAAUCUCCAGCUCAAGUCUGUAAGUAUUACUCUGAACUCUUCUGAAUAUUUUUCUGACUUAUCUAUCUGUACUGAAAUCCUGCUAGGAUACUCUAGAUAGGAUGAUACUGAAACUAUAGGAAAAUCUGAUAAGAAACUGAAACUGUAGCUAGACUUCGAUUUUGUGAAAACAAACUCUAAACUACUGUCUGAUUCAUAAAACAUCUGUAAUAAACACUGGAAUAUUAAUUGAUGCAUAAAAAUUCGUAAUCAAGAUAAUACGAUAUGAGUACAAGAGGCCGUCAACGAAGCCGAGGAAGUGCUCGAGCGAGAUCUUCGUCUUGAGACAUAUCUCGGCGGUGGAUGCACCGUACCACCCGCAAUGAGGGUAGAGUCUCAUGACUGCAGUACCGAGGAUGAUGCCCUGUCAUAGACAAUGCUUCGUGUUCUGGAAAGGGUUGCCGGGGAAAGUACGGGUAAUGGAGUUCGGGGAUCUAUUUCUGAACGACUUCGGGCUAACAGAAUGGAGAUCUUUAAAGGCGUGUCUGGUAUAGCCCCGAAUAUGGCGGAACAUUGGUUAGAGGCCACAGAACGAAUUAUAGACAACUUGGACUGCUCUGAGGAGAUUGUGAGUGAGGUAUCUGUACUAAGUCAUUUGAGUCACUCGGUUAGGGUAGACAAACUGUAUAGGGAUGUACCCUUAGAAACUCAAGGUAAGAUUUUCCUUGGAGAUCUGAUGGAGUUACCGUUCGGAGAGUUUGAUCUCAUUUUGGGAAUGGACUGGCUUGUUAAGCAUAAAGCGACUCUGGAUUGUGCUGUUAAACGAAUGGUGUUAAAGACCACAAAGGAUGAGGAGGUUAUGGUGAUAAGUGAGCGAAGGGAUUAUUUGUCCAAUAUGGUAUCGGCAUUAAGAGCCGGGAAGUGGAUUCGGAAAGGUUGUGAGGCCUAUUUGGCAUUUGUAAGUCAGUCGGAAGAGGAGGGACUGGCAGUGGAUAAGGUUAGGACCGUAAAGGAGUUCCAAGAUGUUUUUCUGAAGAAGCUUCCAAGAUUGCCUCCGAACCGAGAAGUUGAGUUUGGAAUAGAUUUGUUGCCUGGAACGGCGCCCGUGUCCAUCGCACCGUAUAGAAUGGCAUCGAAGGAGUUAGUGGAGUUAAAGGCUCAAAUUCAAGAGUUGUUGGAUAGGGACUUUAUUAGGCCAAGCGUGUCUCCAUGGGGAGUACCGGUGCUAUUCGUGAAAAAGAAGGAUGGUAAUGCGGAUGUGCAUUGAUUAUCGCCAGUUGAACAAACUGACGAUUAAGAAUAAGUAUCCACUGCCAAGGAUUGAUGAUCUGUUCGACCAGCUUAGAGGAGCUUCUGUAUUUUCCAAGAUCGACCUUCGAUCUGGAUAUCAUCAGUUAAGGGUCAAGGAGACAGAUAUACAUAAGACGGCAUUCAGGACUCGGUA